UCAGAGUCACUGUGCGGAGAGACGCUCACAAAGGGAGGAGGAGAACCGGAGUGUUGUUUUAGAGCCAACUUCAUCAGAAAGCUUCACCCGCUCCGGUUCUGUUGCGCUGUUUGGAGUUCAUUGACCGGUUCCAGCAAGGAGGAUGGGGUGCACCGCAGGGCCCCUCGCUUGUCAGCCGCAAGAGGGCCAGUCCACGCAAGUCCCGGAGGUACUCUCCUCCUUGGAACGUCUCUCCCAAGCCACCGGGGGCAUGGAGAAGUCUUGGUACCGCUGCAUCUUCCCCUUCGGAAUCAUCUCCCUGGUGAUCGGGGCGGCGGGGACGGGGGUUACCUACACCUACGACGACCUGCCCCAGACCAAGGUGGUGUCUCUGGUGCUGCUGGUCUCUGGGUUGUUGCUCCUGCUGACCGCCAUCGCCUGCUGGACGGUCCACAAGAAGAGGAGAAAAAAGAAAGAGGGUGGCUCCUUCAUCUCAGAGCAAUGUCCGCUGUGAUGUGAAGCCCGUGCAAGAACCGGGGGGCGGUCUUGUCGGAACUUAACACACCCAGGUCGGGGAGUUGUCCCGAGAAGCUGUCGCGCGCGCCGUAUUCCCUCAAGUCGAUGACGGAUGUACAGAAACUUCGUAUCUGUUUAGUCUGGACCAUUUUGGACUGGCAGAGAGAGAUCUCACAUGCUCUUUUAUCGUCAGACGGCAGGUGUCCGGUGUCAAAACAGCCUCCAAGGAGACACGGCAAACACCAACGCUGCAGAAGCAACGGCGCUGGCGUCAGCGGCCGCGUCAGUCCCGGCAUUCCGAACGGGACAGGUGACUCUCCGAUAGGGCGGGAGCGGGGCAACCCGAUACGCCGGCGCGCCCGCGUCAGCGGACAGCGUCACUCCCUCGUCCUGUGACACCGCAGCAAUGUGUCGGGGGGGCUUUUUUUACGCAACGGGAGAAUGGAACUUGAGUCCGCCAGGAUCCCCGCGCUAUCCGGGAGAUUGACACUGUAGAUGAUAGGAGCCAUCCGAAUAAAAAAGACUAUUUGCCCUCGAGUGGGUCUUUUACGCCACGUGAAGGACACGCGCCAGAGCCGGGACCCUCACCCAGACUGCUCUGGCUCGGCUAGUGGCCCCUCCCACCUGGUGCCUUGACCGAGCCCACAUGGAAAAAGGCUCAGUCCCGUUCGUAUGUUUCCAUAUGAACUCUUGCCCCCUGCGGCCCACUUACCCUUGCGCUUACUCUCUUAUCCUCAAGCAGCCCGUUUGUACAGUGUAUAACAUAAGUGAGUACACCCCUUGCAUU